GGGUGUAAUACACACAAGCAGCCAGUGAAUGGAAAGCUCAGAAAGGAGGAACACAAAGUAACUAGGGACAACCACACAAGCACACAGCGAGCAGGAGACACACAGCUCCGCAGACAACACUGGGAGACACAACACAAUAAGCUCGACCGAGGCCUGGGGAAACAUUAACACAACUGCCAGCUCCUUCCAUUCUGUGGCGGGGGAAUAAAUAGAGGAAAAGCAGUGCCCCAGGCACACUCAGGAUUCCCCCCAACCCUCUUGUUUGUCCGUCUCACACCUAGAUCUACUCCCAGCUACUGGCAAGGGCUCCUGCACUGAGAGAGGCGCCACCCUAAAGGCUCAGGUGGGAUUGAUUUCAUGAAUUAAACCCGAUAAGGGGUCGGAGGAGGAGGACAGACCUCGCAAACAAUGGGGAAAUCCAACAGCAAGCUGAAGCCUGAGGUGGUGGAGGAGCUGACCAGGAAAACCUACUUCACAGAGAAGGAAGUGCAACAAUGGUAUAAAGGGUUUAUAAAGGAUUGUCCCAGUGGGCAACUUGAUGCUACAGGCUUUCAGAAAAUUUACAAGCAGUUCUUCCCUUUUGGAGACCCCACCAAGUUUGCAACAUUUGUCUUUAACGUUUUCGAUGAGAACAAAGACGGCCGCAUUGAAUUUUCCGAGUUCAUUCAAGCUUUGUCUGUCACAUCCCGUGGGACUCUGGACGAGAAACUGCGAUGGGCUUUUAAAUUGUAUGACCUUGAUAAUGAUGGCUACAUCACACGGAACGAGAUGUUGGACAUUGUGGAUGCCAUUUAUCAGAUGGUGGGUAAUACUGUGGAGCUUCCUGAAGAAGAAAACACCCCAGAGAAGCGGGUCGACCGGAUCUUUGCUAUGAUGGACAAGAAUUCUGACGGGAAGUUGACUCUACAGGAGUUUCAGGAAGGAUCUAAGGCAGACCCCUCAAUCGUGCAGGCAUUAUCGCUAUAUGAUGGACUGGUAUAGAGGCUCCAUAUGGCGUCUUACGUAUUCCCACGGGGAUAAGAUCCUUAGUGUGCCACCAGAUCAUGUCAGCAACGCGGCUCGUUCCCUUCCAACCGUCACUCCCAGAAUGCACAUGGAUAGAACACACCUCUCCCCAUCCAAUCGUACCCUCUCCUCAAUGGAACACUUUUACUCCCACUUCUGGCUAAAUUCCGAUGACCGGGAAACUGUACCCCAAAGGCUAUCCACCCUUCCUCGUACUACACGCGCUCUUUUCUAUCACACCGUCUCCCGCCAGCCGCUUUUUGUGUUUCUCAUACGCUCAGAGAGGGUGGACCACUCAAAGCGAAAGACCAACUGUCGAUUUUUGCUCUGAGAUUUGAGGGGUGAUGUUGGACCCUCGGAGAGGGAGUGGGAAGAAGGAGGUAUAGCCAGGUAUAUGUUCAGAUAAAGAACUAUGGUUGAGGCUCUGAGCUCUUGAUGAAGAGAAUGAGCCCCCCUGUUAGGGGUACUAGACUGGUGUGUAUAUAAUCUGUAAUGUCCCUGGCGCACAGUACCCUAUCAAUUAGUUCUAUUUUGCAUAAGGCUGAAUCGUGCUUUUAUUGUGAAUACGUGAUUUUUUUAUACAUAUAUAAAUAUAUAUAGCAUA